AUGGGCAGCUGUAGCAGCAGUACGCUGAAUGCAGACAGUACUGAACUCCGGACUGCAGAUGUGCAGAAACAUCCGAGCCUGCUGUCUCUGUCUCUGCGCACGAACGUGAAGUUUGGGUGGCACCCGGACUUGCCGGACCAUCGUGAUCACCACGUGGCCUUCGACACGGUGAGUGCGCCCAGCCAUAUCAAGAGGAAGACCGAGGGACGCAAGGCCAGAUUUGGUGGGGCACGCUCAGGAGACAAAGAGAUACUUGACCUAAGACCCAUGAACGGUGGCUUCCCCAUCUUCGAGCAGGGAAACCUUGGCAGCUGCACGGCAAACGCCUUGGCGGCAGCCUUUCACUUCACUCUGCACAAGAUGACGGUGGAGGACCACAAGGAUUUCGCAGACUUCACCCCAAGCCGACUGUUCAUCUAUUACAAUGAGCGCGUGGUGGAGGGGAGCGUUGACCGGGAUGCCGGGGCGAUGAUCCGCGAUGGCAUCAAGACUAUGGCCCAGGUUGGCGUGUGCCCUGAGAGCGUUUGGAAGUACGACGACGGCCCCGACUUCUUCAAGCAGCAGCCGGAUGCUACGGCCUACGAGAUCGCAGCGAAGUGCAAGGUUAUGGGCUACGCCCGUGUUAGGCAGACGCUGGACCAGCUGAAGAUGUGCAUCAAGAGUGGCUACCCUUUCGUCUUCGGCUUCGCCGUCCUCUCGAGCUUCCAGACAGCAGAGGUGGCCCGAACCGGUAAGAUGGUAAUGCCCCAACCGCAUGAAAAGCAGCUGGGCGGUCACGCUGUGUGCGCGGUGGGCUACGACGACUUCCAGCAGUGCUUCAUCGUCCGCAACUCCUGGGGUGCAGAGUGGGGUGACAAGGGCUACUUCUACAUGCCUUACCACUACAUCCUGCAUCCACUCCUAUGCUCAGACUUCUGGGCCAUCAACUGGGUCGAGGCCUUCAAGAACGCUGGUCCCAAGACUCUGGUGAAGUGA